AUGUGUCACGAAGGCCAUGAGAGGGUCUUCACCUUCGAUGCGGUCUUGGGCCCGCACAGUUCUCAGCAGGAUGUUUUUGAGGAGUGUGGUGUGAAGCGGCUCAUCGACAUGGCUAUCAAAGGGUUUGCGUCUACGGUGUUUGCUUUCGGACAGACGGGCUCUGGGAAGUCGUACACCAUCACAGGACCCCAGUCACUGUUCCAGGGAGGCCAACAGGACAUCCGCAUGUAUGGCCUGAUGCAAAGAUCUCUAUCCUACCUCCUUGACCAAACCCACUCCAUGGAAGGGGAGUUCUCCUUCUGGGUGUCAUACCUCGAGAUCUAUAAUGAACAGGUUCGGGACCUCCUCAACCCUUGGCUUUCAUACUCGCUCUCUGUCUGUGGAAGUCUAACCCAUGGCUUCUAUGUGAAGAACGUGUCGGUAGUUGAGUUCAGCAGUCUGGAUGACUUCUUGAAGCUCCUGGAAGGAGGCAUGCAGAACAGACAUACCUCCUCUCAACCACAGAAUGAGCACUCCAGUCGUAGCCACUGCAUCCUGACCGUGCACAUCAAGGGUGGACCGGCUGAUGUGGAGGGCGGUGCAAUGACGCAGGGCAAACUGUGUAUCGUAGAUCUGGCAGGAAGUGAGAAGGUGAAGGAUACGAGUGCUUCUGGAGUGCUCCUGGAGGAGACGGGCAACAUCAACCGCAGUCUCCUCGCUCUGGGCAAAUGCAUCUCAGCUCUGGUUGACCCUAAGAGGAGAAGUGGACACAUUCCUUACCGUGACAGCAAGCUCACCAAGCUUCUUUCUGAUUCAUUGGGUGGAACAGGGAUCACUCUCAUGAUUGCCUGUGUGUCACCUGCAGCAGCCAGCUUUCAGGAGACCAUGAACACACUGCGCUACUCCAGCAGGGCCAAGAAAAUCAAAAACAAGCCCAUGGCUAAACAGGAGCUGCGUGAGAAGCUUGUGACCAGCCUGCAGAGGGAGAUUAAUUUACUGCGCAGGGAAAAUGCGUUACUGCGGCAACAUCUCUCCUCAUCUCAAAAGGAGGCCAAGAAGCUGCCUUUGCCUUCCCCUGAUCCUUACGGUAGUAGUGAGCCACAGACGAAGGCUCGGGUGGAUCCUGUGAGAUCGGGAUCCUCCAGCUCUCAGGCCAGUCCGAGAAGCCUUGCAGAGGAGCUGAAGCGUGAGAAUGACCGACUGCAACAGGAGAAGGUGGAGCUGCUCGACACCAUUGAGUCCUCCAGGCAGCAGGGGGCGCACUUCUCACUUGAGAACACUCAUAUACUCCAUGGAGUGAAACAAGCGGAAAGGGUCAUCUCCGGCUCCUUGAACACGAGCAGUGUCUACCCAGGCCUGUCCCUCAGUGGGCGUGGCUACGGCAGUGGGAGUGGCUAUGGGAGCGGCAAUAAUGGUGGGAGUGGCUAUGGGGCCAACGAUGGGAGUGGCCUCAGCCGCCAGUGCACCCGUCAUCAGCUCCCAUUACCAGUAAUUGCCCUCGACUACAGAUGCCCCAAUCAUCUCGAGCUGUGCUGUGCCCGCCCCCUCCUGCCCGUCAUUCACCGCUGCGGCUUCCUCGCUGGGGGCGUCCCACAGGUGCAAAACAAACUUCCACGGAGCACGAAAAGCUCUGCCCUGCCUGGCGAUGGCCCUCUUUACCAGCCCCUCCAGAUCUGCGGUCCCGAGCGAAGCAGACAGGUGAACGAUGUCGCUUCGGGUCCGCGCUCGGGGCUCCGCGUUGAUGGAGAACAGCAGUGGCGGAAGGAACGUCCAUGGCUGGAUUUCACUCUUUCUGACGUAGCUCUCUUCCUCCAGCUGGCGGCGCUGCCUCCUCUUCAACCCCUCCUUCCGGAGAAGGAGGCCAUGACCCCGGAGCAGAGCAGUCCGGUCCCAGUCGAGAAGCAGAACCUCGGCGGCCUUCGGCGGAGAAAGUGAACGGGUUUUAUCCGCACGCAUCCCAACCGUAAUAUCUUGAUUCUUUUAAAGCAACGUGAUAAUUCCUUCGAGCGUGUCACCGUGCGCUGUCGUAUGGCAGAUCCCAAGCCGACCGCCGCGAGCGUGCGGAGCGCUUCCAGCAGGGGAGGUCGACCCGGACCCGGCAAGGCCGGCUCGAGCGGGACGGACCCCAGAGGUCUCAGGGCCAGGUGGUCCCCAGCGCCCCUCCCAUGUCCGCGCUGCCACCCAUCGAGACGGACGAGUUCGGCAUGAAGCUGAAGAAGGAUGGGAGGUGACGUGAGCUGGACUGGCGGGAAAAAUGAAGGGUCCAGGAUGGAGGUAAGGAAGAGGUGAGGGGGGUGCUGGAGCAAACACGACCUUAAACCACAAACCGUCACCAUCGAGGUCCAUUCGGCUACAGUGGCUAAGGAACCCAGUCUAAACACAUGGGGACAGAGCAGGACGUUAUGGUCACGUUUAAAAACUCGCAGGAAAACGUCACGCAUGUCGACAUAGUUAUAAUGCAUGGAUAGGGAGCUACGCGGUUUGUUGUGUGAUAUUCAGAGUAGGAGGAGAAGGGGAUUGUGGGUAAACAAACUCUGACAUGGCUCACUUCUCUCGUCUUGCUACGCAGUUCAGUGGCUCGUCCUCACGGGGUCGGUCCGGAGGAGCUGGUCUGGUCCGAAGGAAUUCUAGUACCUCGGUCACAUGACGCGAGAGGAGCUUUUCCCAGCAGCCUCCAGCGAGGGAAGCUAAAUUUUGACCGAGUGGCCGGAGAUCAAAUAAACAGAGAUACUGAAGUACGAGCAGAUGACCUUUACAUGGACUUCACAUCCACGCGUUCACUUUUUCUCAGCGUCUUCUGUCAAAUAUAGACUUUGUGACACAUACAAAAUGUUAUUAA